AUGACGACGACGGCGACGCCGGCUCGCAUCAUCACCGAUGACCAUGCCUUUCUUUCUCCCAGUAGGGCAACCGACGGCGAAUCAUCUCCUCUCUUGUCGCCAGCGUACGAUAUAACCCAAGAGGACGACGACGACAGGAAACAACCAGCACAGCCGGUGCCGCACAUUCACUACAAGAGGGUAAUCUUGUUGAUCAUGGCAACGGUGUGCCUGAUCGAAAUGUCCGUGGUGAUCAUGCAGGCGCCAGCCAACUCGAUCAUGGAGGACGUCAUCUGCCGGAACAAGCUCUCACUCCCACCGGCCUCCAAGUCUGGGCCACUGACCCUCGCCGACGACCCGCGUUGCAAGGCCUCCGACGUCCAGGGCGAGCUGGCCAUGAUGCGCGGCUGGCAGCUGGCCCUCGACACCCUGCCCAGCAUCCUGUGCGCCGUUCCCUACGCCAUGCUGGCCGAUCGCCUCGGUCGCAAGCCUGUCCUCAUCCUGGCCUUCUUCGGGCUCCUGCUCUCCAUCUUUUGGCAGGUCGGAGUGUUGCUACUCAGCACCCACGGCAUCGUCCCCCUCUGGACCAUCUACCUCUCCUCGUUGUGUACUUUCAUCGGCGCCUUUUCCUGCACCGGACCCGCCAUGCUCUUCACCAUCGUCGGCGACAUUUGCCCGCCCGUCCAGCGCGCCGCAGCCUUUUUCCAGGUGAGCGUCGCCUUUCUCGUCGGCGAGAUGAUCGGCAGCCCCCUCGCCGGUGGCCUCAUGAACCUCGGCGGCCCCUGGCUGUCCAUCGGCGUUUCGCUCAUGGCCGCCUGCCUCAGCGUCGGACUGUUGUUCUUUGUGCCCGAAACGCUAGAGAAACGCCAGGAGGACGACGGAGAGGAUGACGACAACGACGACAACCACAGCCAAAACAAAAAAAAACGAGCCGCCGCCCCGUUGACGCUCCGAACCGCCGCCGGGCUCGCGGCCUCGAGCUUCCGCGAGCUGUGGGACUUUGCCGUGGCGCACACGAACCUCCUCUCUCUCAUGAUCCCCAUGGCGCUGUUCGUGCUGGGCCGGAUGGUGCAGGACGCGCUGCUGCAGUACGCGACGAAGCGGUACGGCAUCAGCUGGUCGAGCGCCUCGAUGCUCCUCGCGGCGCGCACGGGCUCCAACCUGGUCUUCUUCGUCCUCGUGUUCCCCUACAUCUCGCACGUGCUGACCAAGACCAUGCACAUGUCGACGCCGGCCAAGGACCUGCUGAUGGCGCGGUGGACGGGCGCCAUCGGGGCGGCCGGGUCGUUCCUCGUGGCGCUGUCGUCGACCCCCGCCCUCUUCGCCGUGUCGCUGGCCGUCUUCUCCGUCGGCACCGGCUUCUCGCCCGUCCUGAGAUCGCUGGUCAACACCCUCGUCGAGCAGCACCACCUCGCCAUGGUCAACAGCUUGAUCUCGUUCCUCGAGCUGCUGGGGGCCUUCAUCGCCGGUCCGCUGCUGAGCAAGGCCUUGAGCGUCGGCAUCAAGCUUGGCGGCGCCUGGGUGGGUCUGCCCUUCUUUGCGGCCGGGUGCAGUCUGGCCCUGAGCGCUGCCAUGGUGUCGGUUUACAGGCUGCCCAAGUCGGUCAAGGGUGGUGGUCGGGGUGGUGCCGAUGAAGUCCUGGUUGGUGGCCGUGGUGGUCACCAAUGCUAG